ACCUUAUAACUGGGCUGCAACGAGCCACCCGGGCAUUCGGCGUUCAACUUUGUAACAGGAAAGAUGACCGGAAAAGUGGAGUACUACUUCAAGCACAACGACGGAACCCACAUCCAGGGAAUCGGACUGGGCACCUUCGCGUCAACGGAAGGCGAUUGCGAACGCGCAGUUCUCCAUGCGAUUGAUGUGGGCUACCGGCACAUCGACACCGCCUACUUCUACGGAAAUGAGGCCGAAGUGGGCGCGGCCGUUCGGAAGAAGAUUGCCGAGGGCGUCAUCAAGCGGGAGGACAUGUUCAUCACCACCAAGCUCUGGUGCAACUUCCAUGAGCCGGAGAGGGUGGAGUACGCCUGCCGAAAGACCUUGGCGAACAUUGGGCUGGAUUACGUUGACCUCUACCUGAUUCACUGGCCCUUCUCCUACAAAUAUCGGGGAGAUAACGAACUGAUACCCAAAGAUGCCGAUGGGGAGGUGGAACUUGUGGACAUUGAUUACCUGGACACUUGGGGCGCCAUGGAGAAGUUGGUAGAGCUGGGCCUCACCAAAAGCAUUGGCGUUUCCAACUUCAACGAGGAGCAGUUGACGCGCCUGCUGGCCAACUGCAAAAUCAAGCCCAUCCACAAUCAGAUUGAAGUGCACCCCGCGUUGGAUCAGAAAAAUCUGAUUGCUCUCUGCAAGAAGAAUGGGAUCCUGGUGACCGCCUUCAGUCCACUGGGCAGGCACAAUGCCGAGCUGAGGACGCCCACCUUCAUGUACGAUGGCAAGGUGCAGGCCAUCGCAGACAAGUACAACAAGUCCAUUGCCCAGGUGCUCAUCCGAUAUGUGAUUGAGUUGGGCACUAUUCCGCUGCCCAAGUCAUCCAAUCCCAAGCGCAUCGAGGAGAACUUCAAUGUCUUCGACUUCAAGCUGAGUGCCGAGGACCAUGCCAUCUUGGACUCGUAUCACAAUGGAGAGCGUGUGGCUCAUGCUCGACAGGCGAUCAAGAGCAAAUACUAUCCCUUCAACGUUUAUAGUGCCUGCUUCUGAUUCUACAAAUAUAGUUAAAUUAUUAUGAAUUAUAAAUAAAACUUAGCCCUUUGUUAGGUAAAUCCCGAAAGCAA